AGCUGCUUCUCUCUCUCUCUUUCCGGUAAAACCCAACUCCAUUUCCCUCUCUCCCUCCACAGCUUGGGCGAAUUUACUACAACAAUCCAAUCCAAUCCCAUUAUUCCAUUUUCUUUCAAGAUUCGUAUAUUCCUUUCUUGAUAUGCUGAAAAGGGAAAGACCCAGCAGAAGCAUAGCCAUGCACCGCCCUUAAUCGAGCUGGGUUCGUCGCCGGCGGCGGAAAGCUAGCAUCUUUACUCGCCCCAAUUGCUAAAGACUCGAUUUUUAACUUCUUCAAGUUUUGAAAAAAAUGGCGGAGGGGGGCGACGGGAAGGCAAUGCCGGAGUCGGAGAAGAAGAAGGAGCAGAGCCUGCCGUUCUACCAGCUGUUCUCGUUCGCGGACAAGUACGACGUCGUGCUGAUGAUCGCCGGCAGCCUCGGCGCCGUCGUGCACGGCUCCUCCAUGCCCGUUUUCUUCCUCCUCUUCGGCGAGAUGGUCAAUGGCUUCGGGAAGAAUCAGAUGGAUUUGCACAAGAUGACCCAUGAAGUUUCAAAGUAUGCUCUGUAUUUCGUGUAUCUUGGACUCGUGGUCUGCUUCUCCUCCUACGCAGAAAUCGCAUGUUGGAUGUACACCGGUGAGAGGCAAGCUGGCACUUUGAGGAAGAAGUAUUUGGAGGCUGUGCUGAGGCAGGAUGUCGGAUUCUUCGACACCGAUGCUAGAACCGGUGAUAUCGUUUUCAGUGUUUCAACUGAUACUCUACUUGUUCAAGAUGCCAUUAGUGAGAAGGUUGGCAACUUCAUUCAUUAUCUUUCGACGUUCUUGGCCGGGCUGGUGGUUGGUUUUGUAUCGGCGUGGAAGCUGGCUCUACUCAGUGUGGCUGUGAUUCCCGGCAUUGCCUUUGCCGGUGGUUUGUACGCGUACACUCUCACGGGGCUCACCUCCAAGAGUCGGGAAUCAUAUGCAAAUGCUAAUAUAAUUGCUGAGCAGUCCAUUGCACAAGUUAGGACGGUUUACUCCUAUGUUGGUGAGACGAAAGCCCUUGGUGCAUAUUCAGACUUGAUCCACAACACGUUAAAACUGGGGUACAAAGCUGGGAUGGCUAAAGGGCUUGGAUUAGGAUGCACCUAUGGCAUAGCAUGCAUGUCGUGGGCUCUUGUUUUCUGGUAUGCCGGUGUUUUCAUCAGAAACGGACAGACGGAUGGUGGCAAGGCGUUCACGGCGAUCUUUUCUGCCAUUGUUGGUGGCAUGAGCUUGGGCCAGUCGUUUUCAAAUCUUGGAGCGUUCAGCAAAGGGAAAGCUGCUGGAUACAAGUUGAUGGAGAUAAUCAAGCAAAAACCGACCAUAGUUGACGACACGUUUAAUGGCAACUGCUUGAGUGACAUCAGAGGAAACAUUGAGUUCAAGAAUGUGACAUUUAGUUAUCCAUCUAGACCUGAUGUGAUCAUCUUCAGAGACUUCUCCAUUUUCUUUCCUGCUGGAAAGACAGUGGCUGUAGUUGGUGGUAGUGGUUCGGGGAAAAGCACCGUGGUCUCGUUGAUAGAGAGAUUUUACGAUCCUAAUCAGGGUGAGAUUUUGCUGGACAAUGUUGACAUCAAGACACUGCAGCUUAGAUGGCUGCGCAAUCAAAUUGGUUUGGUGAACCAAGAACCGGCUCUCUUUGCAACCACGAUACUCGAAAACAUUAUCUAUGGGAAGCCCGACGCGACCAUGGCAGAAGUUGAGGCUGCUGCAUCCGCUGCUAAUGCCCACAGCUUCAUCACCUUGCUUCCCAACGGAUACAACACUCAGGUUGGGGAGCGUGGCGUGCAGCUCUCCGGGGGACAGAAGCAGAGAAUAGCGAUUGCAAGGGCAAUGCUGAAGGACCCAAAGAUACUUCUUCUUGAUGAAGCCACUAGCGCACUGGAUGCAAGCUCCGAGAGCAUCGUUCAGGAGGCUCUGGAUCGUCUGAUGAUCGGGAGGACUACCGUUGUUGUGGCGCACCGUCUAUCAACAAUAAGAAACGUCGAUUCCAUCGCAGUUAUUCAGCAAGGGCAGGUUGUUGAAACCGGAACACAUGAAGAGCUGAUCUCCAAAGCUGGUGCCUAUGCAUCAUUGAUCAGAUUCCAAGAAAUGGUGGGUAACAGAGAUUUAUCGAACCCUUCAACCCGUCGCACACGCUCAACGCGCCUGAGUCACUCGUUGUCGACAAAGUCUCUUAGCCUCCGGUCAGGUAGCCUAAGAAACUUGAGCUAUUCCUACAGCACGGGCGCUGAUGGUCGUAUCGAGAUGGUGUCAAAUGCCGAAACCGAAAGGAAGAACCCCGCACCGGCCGGUUACUUCUGCAGGCUGCUCACGCUCAAUGCUCCCGAAUGGCCAUAUUCGAUCAUGGGAGCCGUAGGAUCGGUCCUUUCCGGAUUCAUCGGCCCAACUUUUGCUAUCGUGAUGAGUAACAUGAUCGAGGUUUUCUACUAUCGCAACCCCACUGCCAUGGAACGGAAGACGAAGGAGUACGUCUUCAUAUACAUCGGAGCCGGUCUCUACGCUGUCGUCGCGUAUCUCAUUCAGCACUACUUCUUCAGCAUCAUGGGAGAGAACCUCACCACAAGAGUAAGAAGGAUGAUGCUUGCAGCGAUUUUGAGGAACGAAGUGGCAUGGUUCGACGAGGAGGAGAACAACUCGAGCCUCCUCGCAGCCCGAUUAGCCACCGAUGCAGCGGACGUGAAAUCUGCCAUCGCAGAGAGGAUAUCGGUGGUGCUUCAGAACAUGACGUCGCUUCUGACUUCAUUCAUCGUCGCCUUCAUUGUCGAAUGGAGAGUCUCACUACUGAUCUUGGGCACCUUCCCUCUCCUAGUCCUAGCAAACUUUGCUCAGCAACUCUCUCUCAAAGGGUUUGCCGGGGACACUGCGAAGGCACAUGCGAAAACGAGCAUGAUCGCAGGGGAAGGAGUGAGCAACAUUAGAACCGUGGCGGCGUUCAAUGCGCAAGAAAAGAUCCUCUCUCUGUUCUGCCACGAGCUUCGUCUCCCUCAGCGUCGGAGCCUCGCGCGUAGCAUGUCUUCGGGUUUCCUGUUCGGUCUCUCUCAGCUGGCUCUUUACGGAUCCGAAGCUUUGAUUCUUUGGUACGGUGCACACCUAGUUAGCAAGGGCGUAUCAACCUUUUCGAAGGUCAUCAAGGUGUUUGUGGUCUUGGUCAUCACAGCUAAUUCGGUUGCGGAGACGGUCAGCCUCGCACCCGAAAUCAUCAGGGGUGGAGAAGCCGUCGGUUCGGUCUUCUCGAUUUUAGACCGGUCCACGAGGAUUGAUCCAGAUGAUCCAGAGGCGGAGACUGUUGAUUCAGUUCGCGGUGACAUUGAGCUCCGUCAUGUCGACUUUGCUUACCCUUCUCGUCCCGACGUGAUGGUGUUCAAGGACUUGAGCCUUAGGAUUCGGGCAGGGCAGAGCCAGGCGCUCGUGGGAGCGAGCGGGUCGGGGAAGAGCUCGGUGAUAGCAUUGAUCGAGAGGUUUUACGAUCCCCUCUCCGGUAAAGUCAUGAUCGAUGGGAGAGAUAUUCGGAGAUUGAACCUGAAGUCUCUCCGGCUCAAGAUCGGCCUCGUGCAGCAAGAGCCGGCCCUCUUCGCCGCCAGCAUUCUCGACAACAUCGCCUACGGGAAAGACGGAGCGACCGAGGCCGAGGUGAUCGAGGCGGCGCGCGCCGCAAACGUGCACACGUUCGUCAGCGGGCUGCCCGAGGGCUACAAGACCCCGGUCGGGGAGCGAGGCGUCCAGCUCUCAGGCGGGCAGAAGCAGCGGAUCGCAAUAGCGCGGGCCGUGCUCAAGGACCCCUCGAUCCUACUUCUCGACGAGGCUACGAGCGCCCUCGACGCCGAGUCGGAGUGCGUCCUGCAGGAGGCGCUCGAGAGGCUGAUGAGAGGGCGGACCACCGUGCUAGUCGCGCACCGGCUCUCCACCAUACGAGGGGUGGACAACAUCGGCGUGGUGCAAGAUGGACGAAUUGUCGAGCAGGGCAGCCACGGCGAGCUCGUGAGCCGGCCGGAGGGGGCUUACUCGAGGCUACUCCAACUGCAACAUCAUCGCAUAUGAAGAUGAAUUCAACCUAGCAACGGCUUUAUUAAUUAACCCUUGUUUUUUUUUUCACUUUCCUUUUUUUUCAAAAUUUAUUUUGUUAUGGUGAUUAGAUGUAGAUAUUGUGAUGAUGUGAGGACUGUAUUUUCAAGAAUGACCACUCCAUUCUCAAGUGUGCUAAAAUCAAUAUAACCACGUUCGAACGAA